UAUAUAAAUUUUGCAGUUUCUUUUUGUAUAUAUAUAUUUUUUUUUAAGCACCAUGCCAUUCUGUUACAUCAAAAAUUGCACGAAUCGUAUGCGGUCAAAUAAUAUAAAAUUUUUUAAAUUCCCGAAAGAACCUGUUGUUUACCAGCAAUGGCUAAAGGCCUGCGGAAAAAAGGAAGGAGAAUUACCUAAAUCUGCAACGAUAUGUAGUAUUCAUUUUGAGGAAGACUGCUUUCAGUGGAUGAAGCCACGACAAGAUAAUGUACCACCUAAUCAGAUAUGGCGAUUGAAGGAAAAUUCUGUCCCUACAAAAUUGUUGAAAAUGGAGGAGAAACAAAAAAACGAUAAUAAAAGAAUAAAAGUAGCACAUACAGGUAUACCAACCUAUGGAGAACUUGUACAAUAUGCACAAAAAAAGCAGUAUAUGCUUUCAGAGGAAACAAUUUGUAUAGAUACGAAUAUUUGUAAAGAUGAAUCUGUUUUGCUUUCAGAUGUUGCAAUAAAAGAAAUCACGAUAAUUCCAGCAAAUACACUGCGCUGGAAUUUACGCAGCAGAAGUCAGAAAAAAUAGGAGUGGAAGUCAUUUUCCCGAA